AUAGGGUCUCCCAAUGAUAAAAUACACCUGAAAGUUGUCAUGCCUGUUGAGCAUUUGCUAUAGGUAUAAUGACAAUUAAUAAUAAUCCCUGCGCAUGCACAGAAAUGAACAGAAUAUUGGUGAUUUCUUUUUUGUUUAUUUCUCUAUAUUUUUCCCGCCCUUUAGAUUCUUGCUAAAUCUUUAGCCUUUAAAUCACACUGUCAAACCAUUACCUCUGCUUUUCGUUUCUUUUCUUUUGGUUUCUGCUACUUCUUCUUCUUCUUCUUCUCUUUCAUAGUCAGUAGAGAGUGGAAACCCCUCUCUUUUGUCAAAAGCCCACUUCUUUGUUUUCUUCCAUUUCACACGCACACACCUGUUCCUACAAUUCAGUUCAUCAUCACCAUCACCAUCAUCAAAUUCAAGGUUUACGGUAAUGGAUUCAGGCAGGGCAAACAAGAGCAGUAGCAGUAGAAUAGCUAAGACAUUUCAGAAAGUGAUUCACCUGAAAUCAGGGGGUGGAAGAAGCCGUUCAUCAAACCCUGCAUUUUGUCUGCUGAUCCCUCAGGAGAAACUCAGAUGCUGUGAGUCGCAACAGGCUGAGAAAGAAGAUGCUGAAGAAGCUAAAGAGGAGUCCAAAACCAGAGCAGCAAUGGAGGCCUUUGUUGCAAAGCUGUUUGCCACCAUCUCCGCUGUUAAGGCGGCUUAUGCAGAGCUGCAAAUUGCUCAGUUCCCUUACAACAAUGAGGCCAUACAAUCUGCAGAUCAAGCGGUUGUUGAUGAACUGAAGGCACUUUCCGAGCUCAAGUACAGCUUCCUCAAGAGACAGAUCGAUUCGUCGCCGCCGCAUGUGACGCUGAUGCUUGCAGAGAUUCAGGAACAGCAGGCGCUGAUGAAGACGUACGAGAUCACCAUGAAGAAAAUGAGGGGCGAGAUUGAGAACAAGGAUUCGAGAAUUGGGAAUCUUCACCAACAGGUGCAGGAAAUUGUGAACCAGAACAAAAACCUAGAGAAGAAGCUCAACGCAAGCGGAUCUUUCUCCAUUCUCGACAAUGUUAAAUUCUCCGACCUCAAUCCCAAGGAUUUCAUCCUGGUUUUGAACUACGCGUUGAGAUCUGUCCGAAGCUUCGUCAAGCUCUUGAUUCGCGAAAUGGAGGCCGCUAGUUGGGAUAUCGACGCGGCGGCGAAUGCGAUUCAGGCGGACAUCGUCUUCAGCAAGAGAAAUCACAGAGCAUUUGCUUUUGAAUCGUUCGUUUGCAGAGAAAUAUUUGCCGGAUUCAACGAUCCAGGGUUCUCGUUGCUGGAAAAGGAUCAAUCUCCGCCUCCGAGUGAAAUGCAUCGCCGUAGGGUUUUCUUCUUCGAGCAAUUCAAGAGAUUGAGGUCAGCCAGCGCCGUUCAUUUCCUCAAAUCGGAUCCAAAUUCUCUGUUCGGAAAGUUCCUCAGAUCAAAGUAUCUUCAGCUAGUGCACCCGAAGAUGGAAUUCUCGUUCGCCGGGAAUUUAAACCAGAGAAAAAUGGUGAACUCCGGGGAAUAUCCAGAAACCGAUUUAUUCAAGACGUUCGCGGAAGUAGGGAGGAGAGUUUGGCUCCUCCACUGCCUCGCCUUCUCCUUCAGCCACAAGGUCACCACAUUUCAAGUCAAGCACCAGUCCAAAUUCUCUGAAGUAUACAUGGAAAGCGUCGCGGAAGACGUGUUCGCCGCCGCGGACGGUGGACUCCGGGUGGCGUUCACGGUGGUGCCAGGGUUUAUCGUGGGGCAGACGGUGCUCCAGAGCCAGGUCUAUCUCUUCCCUCACAAUUCUCCGUCGAAAAGUUAAAAUUAACAUUCCGAUGUCACGCGCACGGCCUGAAACAGCCACAAUCAGGAGUCCAGAAACUGUAGAACGCCAUUAAAGGAUGAAUGGGAACCACAGAGGGAGAGAGAGAAUGUCGAUGAAGCUGGAAAUUGGAAAGGUACUGGUGAUCGGAAAAGUGGGCGGCGGGGCGGUCCGGUGAGGUCCGGCCCGAUAGAUGGUAGGGACGUUACGCUUUGGCGAUUGUACUCUAUGAUGGCGUACAGACAAAGAGGACGGUGGACCCGCCCGCACAGGAUCGUUUAUAUUAUUAUUUCCGGUGCUCUUAGAUUUUUAUUUUGUUCUCUUUAAUGUAUAGGAAGAAAAGACAUUGCUCUCUACAACUUGUACCAAAUAAUAAUCAUAAUACUAAUAAUAUAUUUAUGCACA